AUGCCAUUUUUGGAGACGCAAAAUAUAAUUAAAAAGGUGUACUAUAGUGAAGAAUUGAAUGAUAUAGAGCAUAUACCACUAAAAAUACGUAGAUCCCCGUGUAAAAUUAACACGUUUAAAGAUGAUUUCAAGAACAAAGAUACUGAAAAUAGGUGCAAAGACCUGGUUGGAAAGCCGUUUGAAGAAGGCAAAGAAGGCGACCAACUCUAUGAUAAAAUCCAUCAAGAAAAAGGGGAAAGGGAAAGAGGUAGAGCAAGAAGGCUCUAUGCCGAUUCACGGUGCUUGAUAGAUCAUCUGAAGAGUUGUAAAAACGAUGAAUCGGAUAGAGUAAAGGUUGAGAAAGAAAAUACCUUUAAAAAUGUUAAGCGUUUGUUAAAUACCCCUCUCCAGCCAACAAUUGGGGAGAAUAACCAUAAGGGACAUAUAGAAACAAUUUAUCGCAUACAUAAAAAGUACAGGAGGGUUCCAGAAUCGUUGGCAAAUGAAAUUAGGGAGGCGCUUUUCAUACAUGUUGAUGGAUUUGAUGUUCCUCCACCAAUCGUUAAAUUCAAAGACAUGAAGUUUCCGCGAUCCAUAUUAAUAGCUUUAAAAGAUAAAGGAAUACGUGAUCCAACUCAUAUACAAAUGCAGGCUUUACCAAUUGCUUUACUUGGCAGAGAUAUUAUUGGCAUAUCUUCUACUGGAAGUGGAAAGACCUUGGUUUUCGUUCUUCCAAUGAUAAUGAAAGCACUAGAAAUGGAAGUUAGAAGUAAACUUAUAGAAGGGGAGGGCCCUUUUGGACUAAUUAUAUGUCCAUCUAGAGAAUUGGCAUUACAAACUCAUGAUAUUGUUAGCUACUUUUCUAAAUACAUUGAAAAAUUUGAUGGCCCAAAGCUAUUCUCACUUGCUAUUAUUGGAGGUUCUAGUCUUUCUAAGCAAAGUUACAAGUUGGAAAAUGGUGUGCAUAUGGUUAUAGCAACACCUGGAAGGCUAAAUGACCUGUUAAUGAAGAAAAUGUUGAACCUGUCUCAAUGUAAAUACCUGUGUUUUGAUGAAGCAGAUAGGUUGGUAGAUCUUGGCUUUGAAGAUGAAAUACGCAGCGUUCUUGCUGGUUUUCGUAAUCCAAGGCAAACCUUAUUAUUUUCCGCAACUAUGCCAAGAAAGAUACAAGAAUUUGCAAAAACUGCCCUGGUGGAUCCUAUAAUAGUGAAUGUAGGAAGAACGGGUGCAUCUAACACUAACGUUAUACAAUAUGUAGAAUUGGUAACAGAUGAAGAAAAAUUGCCCGCAAUAUUAAGAUGUCUACAAAAGACUGCACCACCUGUAUUAAUAUUUUGUGAAAAUAGACAAGAUGUUGACGUUAUACAUGAGUAUCUGCUUCUCAAAGGUGUAGAAGUUGCAUCGAUACACGGGGGAUUUAGCCAAGAGGACAGAAAAACAGCAAUUGAACAAUUUAGGGACGGAAAGAAGGAUGUUUUGAUCGGAACAGAUGUGGCAUCAAAGGGACUCGACUUUCCAUCUGUUCAACACGUCAUCAAUUUUGAUAUGCCACACGUAAUAGAGGACUACAUACACCGUAUAGGCAGAACAGGAAGGCAAGGGAACCAAGGCAUAACAACUACCUUUAUCACUGAGAAGGUAGAAUCGACAAUCCUAGCCGAUCUCAAGAUAAUGCUCAUGGAAGCAAACCAGGAUAUCCCAAAAUUCAUGGAUAAAAUAAACGUAUCCGGUUACAACCUCAAGGAAACUGGAGGACAAAGGGGAUGCUCCUUUUGCGGUGGACUGGGUCACAACAUAUCACAGUGUCAUAAACUAGAGAAUCAGAUGAGUAAACAACUAACAGGUAAAGACGGACAAACUUCGGGAAACAAUAACGAUCACUUUUCAUGUCAAUCCGAAGACUUAUAAUAAUGUAAAAUA